AAAGCUGUGUGGAAGAUGGCCCUGGGCAGUGUCCUCUCCAUUCCAUGCUCACCGCCUGUCCCCCUGUCCGUGCCACAGGUCCCAGGCCGAGUCACACAGCCGUGCCGCCUGUACAGUGACGCUCCCCCCCUCACCUUGGAGGGCAUCAAGGACCGGGUCCUUUACGUCCUGAAGCUCUACGACAAGAUCGACCCGGAGAAGCUCUCGGUAAACUCGCAUUUCAUGAAGGACCUGGGCUUAGACAGCUUGGACCAAGUGGAGAUUAUCAUGGCCAUGGAGGACGAGUUCGGAUUUGAAAUUCCUGACAUAGAUGCGGAGAAGUUGAUGUGUCCACAGGAAAUUGUAGAUUACAUUGCAGAUAAGAAAGAUGUGUACGAAUAAAGGAUCAGAUCCUUUUCUCGCGGGAGAAGACGCGGAGGAGACGGGCGCGUGUCUGGCAGCGGGGACGCGGUUGGUGGCGGUGCUGACAAGGCUGGGCUGGUUCUGUGUAGACUUGUAUUUAAAUUGUCUAUGUUUUUGCCCUUUAAAAAUAAAUCUAUAAAAUCAGCACUUUUCUCAGUCUUUAGUUUUCAGCGAUGUCUGUAAAGUGCUUUUUCUAUUGACUUUGCAUAAUGUUUUUAAAGCUCUGUCCCAGGCAGUCUCGUGGAUGAGAAGUGGGUGACUCUGCCAACAGUGGACUUGAAUUAAGUUUUUCCCCAUCGCCUUCCGUGUAAGGAAUAAUAAACCUUUUUGCCUCAAAA